AUGGCAUCAAUAAGAGACGAUGGGUUCGACGAGCCACCGCCCGUCUACAGACCCCCUUCACCGGCGCCCACCUACCGCACAGUCGACAUCCAGCCCUCACAUCCCCCACCAACCGCCAGACAACCCCAACCCCAACCACAACGGAUCCCAUCAGCGCCGUCAACCAGAAAUACCCCAGUCCAGCCCCAGAGCAAGCACAAAGGAUCCCUCUCACCCACCGCCCAACUCUUCCGACAAGCCAUCGAAGAAUCCGACGUAAAACAGCUGCACUCCCACCUCAAUCGCGGCAUAGACGCAAACCUGAUCCUCGACGACGAGACCCUAUCCCGUCCACUCCACCUGGCCGUCGCAGUCCCCGACUCCAGCGUUACGGGCGAGAUCUUCCGCCUCUUGCUUACCCACGGCGCGGACGCGACGCUGGCCAAUGCAAAGGGGUAUGCGCCGAUCCAUCUCGCAGCGGGGUAUAACAACGCCCUGGCCGUCGAGCACCUCGUGAAACUGGGCCGUGCGGAUCCCGACUCGCUGUCGCAGUCGGGACUCACGGCGCUCCAGAUCGCCGCGGAAUUCGGGCACCUCGCCGUACUGAAUACACUCAUCAAACUAGGUGCAAAGAUCGAGAACCAUGCUCCGCCUGCAUCUCGCGAUCUCGCGCACACUACACCUCCGAAGGACGCAGGAUCCAAUCCCGAGGGGAAGAAGAAGAAACCAACGAAAACAUCCCCGCUCUACCGCGCCGCAGCAAACGCCCAUCUAAAUAUCGUAACAGCCCUCCUAAACGCGCGCGCGAACCCGUGGUCCCCCGACGAGCACGGGCGGACGCUCCUCCACCACGCGUCGCGAAACGCAUGGCCUGAUCUCGUGCGUUUCCUCCUAACAGCCAGCAGCGACGUUGCUUUACGUAACGUAGCCCGCGUCGAUAAUGUUGGUGCGACGGCGCUACACGGCGCAGCAAAGGGCGGGGACGUUGAGAUUCUUAGCCUGCUUUUAGGGUUCGCGGACCUCCGGGGGAUGGUCAACAAGGCCAUGCGGAAAGGGUUUACGGCGCUGCAUAUUGCGAGCCAUUUCGGACAUGCACCCGCGGUCCGCCUCCUCCUGGAGCACGGCGCGGAUGUUGCGUUGCGUCGCGACCACCGCAUGACCCCCCUGCACGUCGCGGUCCAAGGCGAGACUGACAAGUCGGAUCCGGAUCGGGAUCUGCUGGUCGCGCUGAUCGACGCGGGGGUUGAUCUCCAUGCGCUCGACGACGGGGGGCGGACGGCGGUGGAUCUGGCGCUUGUGCUUGGGAAGGCGGGCGUUGCGGUUUUCCUGGUGGAGAGGGGCGCGACUGUUUCGGAGGAUUUGAGGAGUGAUGCGAGGCUUAAGAGGUAUUGGGGGUUGGGGGUUCGGGGGUGGCCUUCGCGGCCGUAG